GCAAAAUAGAAAAUUGAUUUUGGAGGGAAAACCAAUAAAAUUCCCUAAAUUUCGCCGGCGAAGAAAUGCGUAGACGGCGCCUGCAACUCCGGUACUCCUCCGACGAAGAAGAAGAAGAUGAAACUGGAACAAGCGGAGUUGGUGAUUCUGUUCAGAGCUUUGGUAUUGCUUCAUCUAUACAACCGGAAACCUCAGUAUCGUCGAAUUCUAACCCUAAUCCCGGUGAGAGAAUCGCUAUAUCGGAAGUUGAGAUUAUCGACGUUUUUGGUAAUCCCCAGCCUACACCGCCGGAUUCUAGUAUUCCUACACCGUAUCCGGUUUAUCCGUCGGAGUCAGUGAGCGGCAAUGACUAUGAAUCGCCGAUCAGUGAGGUUCUUUCUCGAAUGGGGAUUAAAUUGAAGAGGGAGUGGUGGGUAUCUUGUCUUUCAGGACUUGAAACUUCAAUUCCACAAUUUUCCUACCUCGAUGUUGCAGCUAAAGCUAAGCAUUGCUUCGAGCAGUUUAUGUUUUUCGAUAUGAAUUUAUGCGGAGGUGGUGUUCUUCCUCCGAACGUUGCGUCUAUGAAUCGUAUAGAACUCGCUGGUCCGUUUGUUCUGCAGGUUGAUGAGAUUGUUAACAUUGGCUGCCCACUCAAAGGGAGGUAUGAGAAUGCUAAUGCAGGGCUUAAGAGGUGCCUUAAGCUGUCUAUGACAGAUGGUGUUCAACGCGUUUUUGGUAUGGAAUACAGGCCUAUUAAAGAUCUUCAAGUCUUGGCUCCUGCUGGUUUAAAGAUUGUUGUAUCUAGUGUACAAGUUCGGCAUGGGCUUUUAAUGCUAGUACCUGAGAUUGUAGAAGUUUUAGGAGGGAUGGUUGAAGAACUAGAAGAAGCACGAAAGCGUCUGGUUGUUGAAGUAAACAAACCUCCAAGAGGAAAAAGUUGGAAAGAUUAUUUGCAACCAGUGUGUUUCACCGAUUUCUUUGGCUACAGCUUCUUUGAUCUUGAGAAUAGAGACUGGUUUGGAGUAUGCCUGACAAUAACAAGGGUAGGAGUGGUUCCUUCUUUAACAACCAGAGCAACUCUAGCUGCGUGGUCGCUAAAUGGCAAUGAUACUGGUAAUCAUGUACAUGAUACUGGUAAUCAUGUAAAUAGUUCUGCCUCGGGCAAUGCUAGUCACACUCAAGCCAAUCAAGGCAUACCCGUACAUGUAACGAGAACUCACAAUAGUUCACGGGCGAUGGAUGAACCUCUUGCUUCUACCAAUGUGGGAGCUACUGUUUCAAGGGUUGAGCAUAUGCAGAUUGAUACUGCUUCUGCGCACGGGGAAAGAACGUUUUCUGAUAUACAUUCAACUUCUAGUAACAUUCACCGAGCAGCAUCCACAGCUGGUACUGGUACUAGCUGCAGUGGUGCCUGCAGUGGUGCAAGAUCUUUUGCCAACAACGUUGGCGGAAAUUCAUUGGAUCAAACAUCUAACGUGACUUCAUUUGUUGAAGAAAUGCAUAUUGACACUGGUCGUGUAAGGGAUACAACGACUCAUAUAUAUGGUUCAGAUUCAGGCGGUGUAGCAGCAGAAUUCAGUAAUAUGGUUGUCGAUUUGGAAGGCCCUUCUGUGCUGUCUACAAAUACAGAGAAACCUUUCACAUACUUAGCCGAGUUGUCUCAAAAAUGGGCAGUUAUGAAAGAUACCAUACAUUUUGUUCAAGGAAGGAUCAAGUGCUUUCUAACUGGAGUGAAGAAAUUCCAGUUCAAGCAACAGUCUACGUAUGAGCUUCUAUGCUAUGUUGAUGAUGGUAGUCUCAUCUGUGAGAUUUUGCUCCAUAACGACGUUGUACAAAAAAGGAUAGGACAUUCAUCCAUGGAAGUCACAGCUGCUCUUUCCUCGUCAGCUCCAACAUCACUAAAUGCCAUGAUGAAAGAGAAACUGAAACGCUUCCAGUUGUUUCUCGCUGACUUUGAGGGAAUAAUGGUGGUAGAAAUGAACAGAUCGUCGCAAUAUCCAGUAGCUAUCGAAAUGAAUCAGGGAUGUUCGCUAACCGAUGCUCGGUUACUCUUGGACAGAAUCAAAUCUUCUUCAAGAACAUCCUCAAGCUUAAAUCCAGUUGUUGUUCUGUCCCCUUGAUCCAGUACUCAACUAAAAGCUUGUGAAACAGUGUGAAGACUCAACGUCAUCUAUACCUGCUUAGGUAUUACUUCCUCCUGGUUCAACUAAACCGAGUAUUUUACCUUUGGUGAUUCCAGUUCUGCAUUUUUAAGUAAUUUUAAAGUCAAAAAGUAGAUUAGGUGUUGUAAAGUUUUCUUAUGAACUUGUAUUUUAAGAUAAUAAAACAAAUGUUAUUAUUGCUGAACAGAAAAAUAAAAAAACAAAGGUU